AUGCUCACGCGAGCUGCCCGGCGAAGGCAUGCGCUCGCCUAUUUCCAACAAGCCGCAGAAAGACUUCAAUUACCAUGGUUGUGCCCUGCUCUCGCACAGCAGCAUUAUACUCCUCAUCAACAACGGUCGAUAGUAUCUCGGCCGUCGAUAUCUCGUUCGAAAACAUUACCUGCACGCAUAACUCAGGCCCGACAUCUCGCCUCUCCAGCGGCCGGUCCGGAGACCUUCGAUCGCAGCGAUGAUUACAUCCCCUUCGUUUAUGGCCAUGCAGAAUACCCUACCUCUGACCCAUCCACACGACAUGCCGCCGGAGAUUUGUCGCCGUUCGAUCUAUCCCAAAUCCUUAUGCUCGAAGGCGCCACCGACCUCCCGCCCGACUACGACGACUCUAGUCAUGCCACAUACAGUAGCUCAAGAAAAAACGCAGAUGAAAUUGAGGCUACGCUGGACGCCUGUCUCCAAGUGCAUCGCUGGGAUCGAGCAUUCACGCUGUUAUCACAAUUAUCUCUCUGCUGCCAAAAUAAUCCCAACCGACUGGUGACCUCCUUCAACCGGGUGCUCGCAGCGAUGGUCGACGAUCUCCUUCGAAACCGGAACUACGAGCAUGAAGCCCACAUCAAUAAUUGGAUCGAAGUGCACAUGCGAAAAGCAGGAGUGGAGCCGGAUGCGCACACUUUUGCACUGAAAAUAAAAGUGGCAUUGGAUUCGCUGGUUGGCUCCAAACGUGAUCGAACCGUACGGCGCUACUGGGAAAUGACUCAACGAUACGGACUUGAGAGCAGGGUGCUCGGCUUAAGGGAGAUACUCGAUGAUCGCGAUUUGGGAAGACUCUCUCAAAUAUGUCCUCUGGAAGUGAAGACUUUUGAAGCUGAAGACCCCUCCCGCAGUUCAUCGACAAACCCCUCCUCGCCCUCUGUCACAAAGGAGCAGUUUCAUGUCCGGGAAACGGAGCAGAAAGGUCUAGGAUUGACAUCGCUCCGACAAUCGCUAUCGAUUUUUUCCGACCAGAUGGACACGCAGGUCGAUAUGGAUCUACAUGAGGACCCGGCGACGGCGAGACAGCGCAAAUUGGAAAGAGAUGCUAUACAAUCUGCAUUGCAGCGGUGGAAGACAGAAUACCAGAAGAGGGCCAGGUCCGGGAUUACGGGUGAUCUGGCACACGGGAAAAUCGGUGCGCUGCUUUGGCAAUGGCAUGAAAUUCUCGCGGAAAAAAUCACCAACGAGAUCAAGCUGGCUAGGGAGGAGGAUGCGACGCCGGGCAAGAAAACAGCACAACAGAAGUUGCGGGCGGAAUGUUCACCUUUCUUAGAGCUUCUGCCCGCGGAAAGACUGGCCGCUGUUACUUCGGUUGCCCUGAUGCAGAUCAUGAGCAAGGUUGGGGCUUCAAAGCAAGCAAAGUUGGUUAGACUGGUCACCGAACUUGGUCAGGCCAUCGAAACCGAAUACGACGCAACCCAAGUGGCACAGAAACGAAAUGCAAUGCUGAAAGCCAAAGAGAAGUUGGCCGAGACCGCUCCCGGAGCGCCUUUGAAGUGGGAUGAGACGCUGGACAAUACUUUGCACCGACGGUCCUCGCACCACGCCGCCACACCUUAUGCGUACAAGAAGAACUGGUCAAAAACCAUCCAUGCAAAGUUGGGUUCUGUGCUUUGUGAACUUAUGUUCGACACAGCCAAGAUUAUGAUUACACGCGAGGACAAGACUACUGGCAAAAAGGUCUCCAUCGCUCAGCCAGUCUUUAUCCAUUCUACCAGUUACCAAAAUGGCCGAAGAGUUGGCACGGUGUCGUUACAUGAAGAUUUCGUCAAAAUCCUUGUUUCCGAACCAGCUGAGCACCUUAUUGCAAAACAGUUACCCAUGGUAUGCCCUCCAAGGCCGUGGAAGGGUUUCUACGAUGGCGGAUUCCUAGAGUCCUCUCAACCUUUCUUGCGAGUCAAGUAUAAUGAAACGUCUCAAAAGGACUAUGGCGUGGCCGCAGCUGAAAGAGGCGACCUUGACCAGCUCUUUGCUGGAGUCGAUAUUCUUGGCAAGACUGGUUGGCGGAUCAAUAAACAGGUCUUCUCAGUGAUGCUCGAAGCGUGGAAUAGUGGAGAAGAAAUCGCCAAUCUGCCACCCUUGAACAAACAGUACCCUGAGGUCGAAAGGCCUGCUGAGAAUGCGCCUCCCAAGGAGCGCUGGAACUGGUUUCUCAAAAUGCGCAUGAUUGACAACGAAAGGAGUGGCAUCCAUUCCAACCGCUGUUUCCAGAACUUUCAGAUGGAGAUUGCAAAGGCCUAUCUGGACGAGACGUUUUAUCUCCCUCACAACGUCGACUUCCGUGGUCGAGCGUAUCCGAUCCCUCCAUAUCUUAACCAGAUGGGUGCCGACAACGCCCGGGGUCUUUUGUUAUUUGACAGAGGCCGCGAACUCGGCGCCGACGGUUUGCGCUGGCUGAAAAUCCACCUGGCCAAUGUGUACGGUUAUGACAAGGCCAGUUUGUCUGACCGUGCUCAGUUCCCCAUGGAUCACAUUGAUGAUGUCUAUGACUCAGUACAAAAUCCCCUGAAGGGCAGGCGAUGGUGGUUGACUGCCGAAGACCCUUGGCAAUGUCUUGCGACUUGUUAUGAGCUCGCCAACGCUCUUGAUUCGCCUGAUCCGACAAAAUAUGUGUCCCGGCUUCCGAUCCAUCAAGAUGGUUCUUGCAACGGAUUACAACACUACGCUGCUCUUGGAGGUGACAUUGCAGGAGCACGGCAAGUUAACUUGGAACCCGGUGACAAACCGGCAGAUGUGUACACUGGUGUCUGUGAGUUGGUCAAGGCUGACAUCAAGGAAGAUGCGGCCAAGGGCGACGCUCUGGCCAAAAUGCUGGACGGCAGAAUCACCAGAAAAGUGGUCAAACAGACAGUUAUGACCAAUGUUUACGGUGUCACUUUUCUAGGUGCUGUGCGACAGGUCCGUAAACAGGUUGACGCCUUGAUUCCUGAGGUAGUUGAGGCUCGGCUUUCCGGGAAAGCGUCAUCCUACAUUGCGCGAAAGAUCUUCAAGGGACUUGGCGCUUUGUUUACUGGGGCACAUGAAAUCCAGUACUGGCUUGGAGAUUGUGCCAACCGCAUCAGUUCAUCAAUCUCUCCGGCUCAACAGGACCGGAUGUACCAGAAAGAGUACGGUGUUCAAACGGAGCCCAAAGAGCGACCUCAAUCCCGACGGAAGAAGGCCAAGAGUAAGGAGAUCCUCGAGUCGGGCAGAUUUCUAUCGACUGUCGUCUGGACGACUCCUCUGAAACUUCCGGUCGUUCAACCUUACCGCGUCAACAAGGGGAUGAAGAUCCAAACCAACCUCCAAAACAUCACUCUGGCCCAACCCAGUGUAGCCGAUUCAGUCAACAAACGGAAGCAGUUACAAGCAUUCCCUCCUAAUUUCAUCCACUCUCUCGACGCGACGCAUAUGAUUUUGUCCGCCCUCAAGGCCAACGAGCUCGGUCUCACCUUUUCCGCGGUCCACGACAGUUUUUGGACUCACGCUGCUGACGUCAGUACCCUCAGCGGUCUGUUACGGGAUGCUUUCAUCCGGAUGCACAGCGAAGACAUCAUUGGACGACUUGCGGCCGAAUUUAAGAUGCGGUACGAAGGCCAUUUCUAUCUUGCCCAGGUCAACAAGUCCAACCCUCUAGGGAAGGCCAUCCUUGCGUAUCGCAAGAGGAUGGUGGAAGAGGGCGUCUUCCAAGCAGGCAAAGGAACCAAAGGCAUUCAACAACGAAGACAUGCCGAGCUCUUGCGAGAGAUUCGGAAGAAGAAAUUGAUGGCAAGCCAAGACCCCAAAGAGAGGGAGGAAGGCGAGAAGAUGGAGACGGCUGCGUCUCUGUUCGAACAAUACGAUGGAGAGAAAUACUUGUUCCAUCGCGACUCUCUGGGCGAAACGGCAAUUGGGGCCGUGCCCGAGCAGGCCAAGGAGGAGACUGUGGUUGAAGCCAUCAACGCAGCUGGGGUGUCCGAUGAUGUUGAUUUGAUCAGCACGCUUGACCCCCUGCGCGAAUCCGUUGCCAACGAGGAUGAAGAUUUGGUGGUCACCUCAUCAUCAUCGUCAACAAUCGCAAGUGAAAUUGACGCGGUUGCUGCUGUUGGUGAAGAGGAAGUCGAAGUCAAUGCCUUUGGACAAAAGGUGGGCAAGAAGAAGCCCGCGAAAAAGAGUCUCAACAAUCAAGUCUGGCUCUGGCUGCCGCUCAAGUUCCGACCCGUUCCGAAGAAGGGCGACUUUGACGUUCGACGGUUGAAGGACAGCACGUACUUCUUUUCAUGA